CCGCUGCCGGUGAGGACGGGGGCCGGGACGCUACGUGAGCGCUUUGCGCCGCUCAAGCCUGUGUGUCUUCGCAGGGCGCGGCGAGCCCCAUGUCUGCCCGGGCCUCGGCGGGACCCGGAGGAUGCGGCGGGCGCGGAUCUGGAGGGCGAGGGGCACAUUCCCUUCUCCAGCAGCAAGGCCAGUCCGCGGCUUUGGAGCGUUAGCCGGUCGAUGUGGAGCAACCACGACAGGCCCUUGGUGAAGGUGCUGCCUCUUAGUGUGCUGGGCACGGGCCUCUUACUAUGGUGUGUGUUCAGAGAAAAAACGGAGAUCGACAAGCGACUGGAAGCAGUUAUUUCCGGCGAGAUUGUGGACUCAGAUACAGCCCAAGAAAGCAAUGCUCCCCAUCAGCUUCUGAAAGAGAGCUGAGGACGGGAAUGCGGCUGCCGUGAGGGAGCUGACAAAAGUUGAUGGUAUUCACCGGGUUAAAAGUUGUACUGACAGUGUAAUGAAAAAAUCCCGGUUUUCUAGCUUUUCGGCAGCUUUAUCUUGCAACUUUGAUUUCUUCAUGCUGCUUUCUGUGCUGGUCUUGCCAUAGUAAUUUACAUUGCUAGGAGAAAGUGUAGUUUCUGGAUUGCAUCCCUGGUAAGGGAUGAACAGGAUGUAUUGCAAACCAGCUUGAAUUUGAAUAUUAGUUUUAUACAACCCAUCAUUUUUCCAUGGAACAUUUUUCUUAGCGGAUUGUUGUAUUAAAAGAUACCAAAUGUGGAUGUCUGUGAAAUUGCUCCAAAAGGUGACUCUCAUUUGACAUUUUGGUGGUUAUAGAAUAUGUUCAUUUUAUAUUGAAGACAGCUGUAAAAGAAUGAUUCAUUACUAUGCAAUUGUGUUCUGAAUUUUUUCUUUUUGUGCAUAAUUCUGCUCAUUAAUGUAGAAAUUACCUUCAAGGGUGCAUGCUUUGUAAACUAGAGUUUUCUAGACAUGGUUGAUUUAGGGGGUCGAUACUGGCAGGAGAGUAUUUUGCCCAGAAUCUGAAUGUUUGGCUUGUGUUAUGUUGGGGAGGUUUAAUUGAACAAUACAGUACCUAGGCUUUUUGUAAAGAUUCAUAGAUACUCAAGCUUGCACCCUCUGGAGACUUUGCUUGGAGAAGAGGAAUGUAAAAUACUAACACGACUUAGUUCCCUUCAAAAUUAGAGGCUUGUUUUUAAGUUUUCAAAUGUAAAAGUGGAAAAUUGGAUUUAUGCUGUUAAAAUCCCUAAUUAAAACCCCAACACCGAUGAAGAUGAUGGUAGCUAUUAAGAUAGGCUGAAGCUACCAGGAGAAAACAGGGGUAGGUAGCAUCACAUUUGUGUAAUACCACUGACUAGUCUGAACAACAUGCACUACUGUGGCUUUUGAUUUUGCUGUGGAGGCCCUUAACCACAUGAUGCCAGACCUGAUUUGGUACUGUCACAAGGUUUAAUCAUGGUAUUCAUCUUCUACGAUAGUAGAAUGUUGCAAGGGAGAUGCCUGAGGGCAUCCUGGUGAGUGAAAGAGUGAUCCUAGAAUUUUUUUUUAUAUACAUAUGUAUAUUGAAGCUCAGGUGUAAUGCCUGUUGCUUCUGACUAGUUUUCUUGCACCGUAUUCUAUGAAAACAAUGAGCUGCUUUAAGGAAAUA